UGUGGCAGCACUGCCGGAAGAUAUGACAGCAAGCUUUGAUUCUAGUGGGGCAUCAUUCCAAUUGGUGAUAUGUGUGCUUACUCUUGGACUGCUUGCUGUUUUUGUACUUCUUUGGAGAGGCUUCCGAUCAAUUCAAAGCCGAUUUUAUGUUGUAAGAGAGAAAAGACUCGCUCUUGAACUUUCUGUGCUAAUGGAAGAGAAAUGUAAACUACUUGAAAAAGUGAGCCUUGCUCAAAAGGAGACAAUGUAUAAAAAUCUAGAAAGAGAUAAAUCUCAACUUGAAGAUGAAAUACUACUUUUAGAGAAGAAACUAGAAGAAGAGAGAGCUAAGCAUUAUGAACAAGAUGAAUUGAUGACAGACAUUUUAAAAACGAUACAAUCUCUAGAAAGUGCAUCCGAGUAUGUCAAGAUACAACUCGCUGAAGCAAAAACUAACAUCAGUAUAUUUCAAAUGAAUGAAAAACACCUUAAGGAAGUAAUACAAGAUACCCUGAAUGAAAAUUAUCAACUUGAGGAAAGCCUGAAGGAGCUUUUAGAGGAAUUUGAAAAAACGAAAGAACAAACUGACGAACUGAAUAAUCAGAAAGCAAUAUGUGGAAGAUCCAAAGUACAGGCAGAGCAAGUCCUAAAUGAAAAAGAAAAUGAGAUCAAGUCUCUGAUGGAGAGCCUGAUGAAGACCAAAGUUUGGACUUGCUUGUUUGGAGACUAUAUAACAGAUGAUGAUGGGCCAGUAUCCUCAAAAUUGGAACUGAGAAAGAAUGAAACCCAAGGUGACCCAGUGAACUCAACUCUGCCCAACUCUGUUCCUGCUGAAUCAGAGGGAGCUGGCCCUGGCUCCAUCCCUUCACCGGUUCCCCAGGAUAGAGACCCCAGAGGCCCUCCCAUUGCAGAAGAUCCAAGAAGUCCCGUUAUGAGUAGGCCACCCCUAUCCCCACCGCCUACUCUGGGAAACAUCCAUGCUGGUCCUCCAGAUUCUGUUACAUCAAGGGACUUUGCUGGCCCACCUUUCCCGCCGUACCCAGAUGAGCCAAAAUCCUCAGAAAUGGUGUCCAUGAAGAAUUACUCCAAAAGCAAGCCUGGAAAGUCAACUGUGCCCAUCUCUCCUCCUGCUACAUUUGAAGCAGCUGGCCCUGGCUUCAUCCCUCCACCGUUCCCCCAAGAUAGAGUCCCCACAGGUCCUCCCUUUGCAGGGGAUUCAAGAAGCCCCGUUAAGAGUAGGCCACCCCCAUUCCCACCACCUCCUCCAGGAAACAUCCAUCCAGUUCCUCCAGGAUAUUUUACACCAAGGGACUUCAAUGGCCCACCCUUCCCGCCUCCACCAAGGGACUUCCCUGGCCUACACCUCCCACCAUACCCAGAUGAGCCAGAAUCCUCAGAAAUGACUUCCACAAAGACUGACUCCAAAAGUGACACUGGAAACUCAACUAUGCCCAACCCUCUUCCUGCCGAAUUUGAGGCAGCUGGCCCUGGAUUCAUCUCUUCACCGGUUCCCCAGGAUAGAGGCCCCAGAAGCCUUCCCUUUGCAGGGCAUCCAAGAAGUCCCAUUAUGAGAAGGCCACCCCCAUUCCCAGCACCUCCUCCAGGAAACAUGCAUGCAGAUCCGCCAGGUUAUUUAACACCAAGGCACUUCAAUGGCCCAUAUUUACUGCCUGCAUGUCCUCCAGAUCGUUUUCAUCCAAGGGACUUUCCUGGCCCACCUUUCCUGCCAUACCCAGUUGAGCCAGAAUCCUUAGAAAUGACAACCAUGAAGAAUGACAGAAAAAGUGACCCUGAAAAGUCAACUCUGCCCAACACUCCUCCUCCUGAAUUUGAGGCAGCUGGCAAUGGCUUCAUCUCUCCACCGUUUCCCCAGGAUAGAGGCCCCAGAGGCCCUCUCUUUGCAGGGGAUGCAAGAAGCCCUGUUAUGAGUAGGCCACCCCCAUUUCCUCCACCUCCUCCAGGAAACAUGCAUGCAGGGCCUCCAGGUUAUUUUACAUCAAGGGAUUUCGCUGGCCCACCCUUCCCACCUGCAGGUCCUCCAGAUUAUUUUUCUCAGAGGGACUUCGCUGGGCCACCCUUCCUGCCAUACCCAGGCCAACCAUAUUCUGAUGCUGCUCUAAAAAGGCAAUCUAGACAUCAUUCUAAGUCUGGUAGACUCCGUGGACAAGAACAACCCAGAAAGUAUAUGCCUCCUUUGCUUGAAGUGGAUGAGCCAGAAUCCUCAGAAAUGACAACCAUGAAGAAUAACAGAAAAAGUGACCCUGAAAAGUCAACUCUGCCCAACACUCCUCCUCCUGAAUUUGAGGCAGCUGGCAAUGGCUUCAUCUCUCCACCGUUUCCCCAGGAUAGAGGCCCCAGAGGCCCUCUCUUUGCAGGGGAUGCAAGAAGCCCUGUUAUGAGUAGGCCACCCCCAUUUCCUCCACCUCCUCCAGGAAACAUGCAUGCAGGGCCUCCAGGUUAUUUUACAUCAAGGGAUUUCGCUGGCCCACCCUUCCCACCUGCAGGUCCUCCAGAUUAUUUUUCUCAGAGGGACUUCGCUGGGCCACCUUUCCUGCCAUACCCAGGCCAACCAUAUUCUGAUGCUGCUCUAAAAAGGCAAUCUAGACAUCAUUCUAAGUCUGGUAGACUCCGUGGACGAGAACAACCCAGAAAGUAUAUGCCUCCUUUACUUGAAGUGGAUGAGCCAUUAUCCCCAGAAAUGACUUCCACGAAGAAUAACAGAAAAAGUGACCCUGGAAAGUCAACUGUGCCCAACACUCCUCCUCCUGAAUUUGAGGCAGCUGGCAAUGGCUUCAUCUCUCCACCGUUUCCCCAGGAUAGAGGCCCCAGAGGCCCUCUCUUUGCAGGGGAUGCAAGAAGCCCUGUUAUGAGUAGGCCACCCCCAUUUCCUCCACCUCCUCCAGGAAACAUGCAUGCAGGGCCUCCAGGUUAUUUUACAUCAAGGGACUUCGAUGGCCCACCCUUCCCACCUGCAGGCCCUCCAGAUUAUUUUCUUCAGAGGGACUUCGCUGGCCCACCCUUCCCACCUGCUCGUCCUCCAGAUUAUUUUUCUCAGAGGGACUUCGCUGGGCCACCUUUCCUGCCAUACCCAGGGAGAAAUGUGUUCGAAUCAAGGGGCUUUCCACCUUUCUUUCCCCCAAGAGCUGGGUUUGUUCCCCCACCCCCACAUGCUGAAAGUAGAAAUGAGCUGCCUCCACAAUUGAUUCUGCCUUCCAAACAACCUGUACCUGCAUGUCUGGAAACACAGGAGACCUGACAGUUUCCUCGGGGGGUCAUUUCUUCUCAUUUUCUCUUUAAGUAAUUGCUAUUACUUAUGUGAUUAUA